UUUUCAAAGGGUACGUGCAGCCGCCUAAACGUCAAAACUCGAGAAGACAACGACGUCGAUUACGGCAAAACUACAAUUGGGAAGGACGUCACGUGCGCCGUUUGGAGCCAGAGGCAUAGGCGUCGGCCACACUAGACGUUCCAAGAUUCACCCUCAUCAUAUGUGCACUUGUACUACAAAUGACGACACAGGCGCCUACAUCUGACACAGAGUUGCUUUUUAAUUAUAUCGACAAAAAUCAGGAUACCUUUGUGCAGACUCUGAAGGAAUGGGUGGCAAUACAAAGCGACUCAAGCAGGUCUGCCCUGUUUGGUGAAGUAAUGCAGAUGGUGAACGUGACAGCAGAAAAGAUCCGAUCACUGGGAGGUGAUGUUGAGCUGGCUGAUGUUGGAAGUCAACAGAUGCCAGAUGGAGAGAUACUCCAGCUACCCCCGGUCAUCUUAGCUGAGCUUCCAAAAGACGCAAAUAAGCCUACUUUAUGCAUUUAUGGCCAUGUGGAUGUGCAGCCAGCUAAGAAGGAGGAUGGCUGGCUGACAGAGCCUUAUGUCUUAACAGAAAUCAACGGUAACCUGUAUGGACGAGGAGCUACAGACAAUAAGGGACCUGUUUUAGCCUGGCUGCAUGCCGUGGAAGCCUACCAAGCCUUAAAGCAGGACCUUCCUGUGAACAUUAAGUUUAUCAUUGAGGGAGUGGAGGAGAUCGGCUCAUAUGGUCUGGAUACACUGACUAAACAGCGGAACGAUACCUUUUUCGCAGAUGUGGACUACAUAGUCAUUUCAGACAACAUCUGGAUCAGCAACAAACCAGGCCUGACAUAUGGGACUCGAGGCGACUGCUAUUUUUUUGUGGAGGUAUCAGGUGGCAAACAAUCUCUGCACUCUGGGACACAUGGUGGCAGUCUGCAUGAGCCAAUGGCUGACCUGAUAGCUUUACUGGACAGCCUAGUGGAUGCUAAAGGUCAGAUUUUGGUCCCAGGGAUUUACGAUGAUGUUGCACCACUAACUGAAGAGGAGAGGAAGCUCUAUGAAAACAUUCAGUUUGAUCUCGAAGAACAUAAAAAUAACAUAGGAGUGACACGUCUGGUCUAUGAUAAGAAGGAAGAUGUUCUUAUGCACUACUGGCGUUACCCAUCUUUGUCAAUCCAUGGAAUUCAGGGGGCUUUUGCUGACCCCGGAUCAAAAACAGUUAUUCCUAACAAAGUCAUUGGGAAAUUUUCUAUGCGUCAAGUUCCAAACAUGGACCCUGUGGUUGUGGAGAAGCAGGUUGCAGAAUAUCUUCAUGAGAUUUUUGCAAAAAGAAAUAGCAGCAACACCCUUAAAAUCUCGAUGCCUAUUGCAGCAAAGGCAUGGGUGGCAAAUGUCGAUGAUCCCCAAUUUGUGGCAGCCAGGAGAGCAAUAAAGACAGUAUUUGGGGUUGAGCCUGACAUGAUCAGAGAGGGAUCAACCAUUCCGAUUGCUUGGAAUUUCCAAGAUGUUACAAAGAAAAGUAUAAUGAUGCUGCCAAUCGGUGGGGCAGAUGAUGGAGAGCAUUCGGCAAAAGAGAAAAUCAGCAGGUCCAACUACAUUGAAGGAACAAAGCUGUUUGCAGCCUUCUUUUAUGAACUUGCUCAGCUUCGCUGAAAACUUGGUAACCCUUCAAACAUACACAUGGGCAAUUAAUGUUAUUAAUAUGCAUUAUUAUAAUCUGCUUUAAAAACUUAAAAAUCUGUCUUAUUUAAAGUUGUACAGAAAAGUUUUCAUUUACUGCACUUUUUUUCCAUUUAUUCAAAAUUUUGAUUCACCAGGGGAGAAAGGGGUAUAACACUGGCAGUACCUCACCAAAGAACAUGCACAGAUCUUUUAACAAAAAAUCUUCUUUUAUGUAGAAAAAAUAGAAACCCCAUGUUUGUUAUUUACUUUUGUGAAUUAUCUAAAUGUGCAAUGGGAAGUACACAGCCACUCUAUUGAAAAUUCAGUAUCAACUUCUGUUUAGGCAGAAAUUUGAAUGAAAGUUGCCCAAUUCUCUCUGGUGUUAAUUUUUCAUUUUCAAGACGAUUCAAAUAGAUGGCUUUAAUGACUUUAGAUAGUGUAGCAUAGUGGUUAAGACUUUGGACUUUGAGCCCUGAGGUUAUCAGUUCAAAUCCAUUACUGACACUGUAUGACCAUAAAAAGGUCCCUUCACCAGCCUGUGCUGCAAUUACAGAAACAAAAGUCAGGUCAGGUCAGGUUGGGUGGCAUGCACUGGUACAGCACAUUGCUGCACCCAACACACGAUGAAACAGUUUGGGAUCCUCGUUGGCAACCCCCCAGGCAGACACACGGUCCAGUCCAACCCUCUGGAAAUGACCCUCUAUCUGCCACAGCCAGGUGUUACGUGGGUAUCCCCUUGGCCUAGUCCAGGCUGCUUGGGUCCCCAAUAAUGUCACAUCACCCUUGGGGAAUCGUGCCAUAUGGCUGUAGUGCUGUAACUGAUGCUCCCCCACAAUGUAGGUAAUGUGCCUCAUUCGGGACUCCAUGAUCACCCAC